GGGGAGAGGGGCUGCCCCCCCGCCCAGCCCUCCCGGGGGGGGCGCGCACACGGGUGGGGUCCAGCCGUGCUCGUUUCCUGGGGUUCUGCCCCCUCCGGCAGCUCCUCUGCAUCGCCGGGAGCACCCAGCUGCGCUGGCACGGAGCCCCUCCCAAAAUACUUGUCCGAGCUCGGGCUGUAAACCGUUUCUCUCUCCUUACAGCCGGCCACAGGAGCUCCCCGUGUCUUCUCCACGCCCCCCCCGGGGCUUCUUUCAGGUGCUGCUGGAUUGAUUGUUCAUCCCCCCGACCCCCGUGGGCACCCAGCCAGAACCCUCCCGGAGGUCCCCCAGGAGUAGGGGGAUGAGGGGAGCCAGUGAAAGCAGCCGCCUGACCAGGCCCUCUCCCCGCCUCGGGUGGGUGCAGGUUUGGCCCCGCAUGGCCAUGGCCCCUUGCCAGGGCUCCGGUGCCACCGCAGCGAGGGGUGCCUGGCACCGCUGGUGGGGUGCGCGGAGUAGUUGUUCCCCAGGAGGUGGCCUUCUCCCAGCCUGCGCUUCCUCCGGGAGCUGAUGGCCUUAUUUAUGGAUUGGGUGGUUAACCAGUGGUUUUGGUGAAACAUCCAAAGGCCCUGGUGCUGCCUGUGGCUCGGACACGUUGCAUACUCGCCUGGGAGGCUGCAAAUGAUCCGCCAUAGUGGGCAACCUGGGUGGGACAUGGCUCGGUGGGGUGGGCUGCCUUGGCCUGUAAUGGGGGAGAGCCAUGAGCCCCACCCACGCAGCCACAACUCACCCUGGCCACCGGCCCCCCUGGCCAUGAUCCCCCAUGGCCACCAGCUCCCCUGGCCACGAUCCCUCCCCAGCUAUGAGACCCCACAUCCUCUUGCCCACCCAUCCGCUUCCCCACCGGUCACCCACGCCACGCCGAGCACCGCGGGGAUCCGACCCCGAGCUGUCAGGGGGCACACGGAGAUGCCCAGGAGCAUCCUCGGGGACCUCGGGCCUCGGGGCGGGGGUAUCGGGGGUGAACCCCGGCUUCUGGCCGCCGCCCCCCCCCCGCCCCCCGGCCGUGGGCUGUGCGGGACCGUUUACCGAUAUCGACUUUAUUUUAAAGAAACCCAACCCAAACCCGCCCCCGGGACUCGCAGCGGCGGCGGGGCCGGGCCGGGGGCGGGGGUGCGCUGAGCGCUGCGGGUCUCAGCCCGCCCCUUCCCCGCCCGCCGCCGCCGCCGCCAUGGGCGCCGCGGGGCUGCUCUGCGCCCUGCUCCUGCUGCUGGGCACCGGUACCGGCACCGGCACCGGCACCGGGCCCGGCCCGGCCCCGCCGCGGGUGGUGCUCGCCCUCCUGGCCCGUAACGCGCAGCACUCGCUGCCGCACUGCCUGGGCGCCCUGGAGCGCAUGGAUUAUCCCGCUGGGAGCAUCGCCCUGUGGUGUGCAACGGACCACAACUUGGACAACACGACCGCUAUGCUGCGGGAGUGGCUGGGUGCAGUGGGGAAGGACUAUCACUCAGUGGCCUGGAAGGUGCAGGAGGAGCCCAGCUCCUAUGAUGACGAGCUUGGGCCCAAGCACUGGAGCAACAAACGCUAUGAAAACCUGAUGAGGCUGAAGCAGGAGGCUCUCACCUAUGCCCGGGAGCAGCGGGCAGACUACAUCUUGUUUGUGGACACUGACAGCAUCCUGACCAACAACCAGACCCUCAAGUUUCUCAUGGCGCAGAACAAGUCAGUGGUGGCCCCCAUGCUGGACUCACAGACCUUCUACUCCAACUUCUGGUGUGGCAUCACACCCCAGGGGUACUACCGGCGGACGGCCGACUACUUCCCCACCAAGAACCGGCAGCGGGUGGGCUGCUUUGCUGUCCCUAUGGUCUAUGCCACCUUCCUGAUCGACCUGCGGAAGGAGGAGACAUCACGGUUGGCUUUCUACCCACCUCACCCCAACUACACCUGGGCCUUCGACGAUAUAAUUGUUUUUGCCUACUCCUGCCAAGCGGCUGGUGCAGAGGUCUAUGUGUGCAACCAGCAGCGCUUUGGCUACAUCAAUGUCCCUGUGAAGGCUCAUCAGACGCUGGAGGAUGAACGCAUCAACUUUGUGCAUCUCACGCUGGAGGCCAUGGUGGAUGGCCCCCCCAUGCAGCGCUCCAGGCACAUUUCCCUCCUCCCCAAGCCACUCACAAAAAUGGGCUUUGAUGAGGUCUUCCUCAUCAACCUGGUGCGGAGACCGGACCGGCGCCAGCGGAUGCUGGCGUCCCUGCAGGAGCUGGAGAUCGCCCCGCGAGUGGUGGAUGCUGUGGAUGGGAGCACCCUCAACAGCAGUGACAUCAAGGUGCUGGGGGUGGAUCUCCUCCCUGGGUACUAUGACCCCUACUCCGGCCGCACACUCACCAAGGGCGAGGUCGGCUGCUUCCUCAGCCACUACAACAUCUGGAAGGAGAUUGUGUCCCGGGGGCUGGAGCAGUCGGUGGUCUUUGAGGACGAUGUGCGCUUUGAGGCUGCCUUCCCAGCACGGCUGCAGCGGCUGAUGGAGGAGCUGGAGGGGGCACAGCAGGAAUGGGACCUCAUCUACCUGGGGAGGAAGCAGGUGAACAUGGAGGACGAGGUGCCUGUGGAGGGUGUGCAAAACCUGGUGGUAGCCGGGUACUCAUACUGGACGCUGGCCUAUGCCAUCUCCCGCCGUGGGGCGCAGAAGCUGCUGGCUGUCGAGCCCCUCUCCAAAAUGCUGCCAGUGGAUGAGUUCCUGCCCAUCAUGUACGACAAGCACCCCAACGAGGAUUACAAGCGGCACUUCGCCCCCCGGGACCUGCUGGUGUUUUCAGCUCACCCCCUCCUGGUUCAUCCCACCCACUACGCCGGGGACAGCAACUGGCUGAGUGACACUGAGACCUCCACCAUCUGGGAUGACGAUGCCAAGAAGACGGACUGGGCUGGCUCCCAGAAGACCCUGAGAGACUCACGGGGUGGUGCCGGCCACCUCCGCUCCACCGCCCAUGACGAGCUCUGAUGGGCCGAGGGCUUGUGACCCAUCUGGGAGCACCGCCGGCCGGUGGCUGAUCCUGCCCACUCACACUUGAGAGAUGCAGCUGCCCCGGACAGAUUCCCCCUGGGGUCCUUCCAGUCUACAUGUGGCAAAUUCACCCAGGGCAGGAUUUGCCCCAGGGCUCCUGGAGAGCCCUUUCCCUGCCAGGUGGAGGGACGGGGGGAGCACUGUGCUCUGUUUCUGCUGAGGACACAUCUCCAGGACUGCCUUGAGUGAUGCCAACUCUGCCAUCUCCCUCCAGCUUGGACUCUGGGGAGUGUUUUUCAAGCUGGGGGCUGGCUCCUGCAGUGGCACAUGUCACAUCCUGCUGCUGACUGGGCUUGUCCCUCACCUGUGCCGUGUCUGGGCUGAAGCCCACGGAGGAUUAAAGCAGACUGUGUUUGA